AUGCUCCGCUUAUCAACCCCAACACGCGCUUUGCAAAAUAUCUGUACUUCGACAUUAGCUCGAAGUAGCUCUUCUGGACUUAUUGUUAAAAGGUCAAAAUACACGCUUCCGGAUCUUCCUUAUGACUACAAUGCUCUUGAACCCAUUAUUUCUGCGGAUAUAAUGCAAAUUCAUCAUGCUAAGCAUCAUCAAGCCUACGUUAAUGGAUUAAACCAAGCUGAAGAAAAACUUGAGGAUUCCUUUAAAGAAAAGAAUAUUACCGCACAAAUCGCGGUACAAGCUGCAUUGAAAUUUAACGGAGGAGGACAUAUCAAUCAUUCUCUGUUUUGGAAAAAUCUCGCUCCAAAGAAAGGAGAUGGCGGUGAACCUCCAAAAGGUGAUCUUUUGAAAGCGAUUAAGGAUGAAUUUGGAUCACUUGAGGACUUCAUUAAUAAAUUUAACACUCAAACGGCCGCUGUUCAAGGUUCUGGAUGGGGUUGGUUGGGUUAUAAUAAGUCAACCAAACGUCUUGAAAUUGUGACUCUCCCAAAUCAAGAUCCGUUAACAACUCAUGUACCUCUUCUUGGAAUUGACGUUUGGGAACACGCAUAUUAUUUGCAGUAUAAGAAUGCCAGACCAGAUUACUUGAAAGCAAUUUGGGAAGUAAUCAACUGGAAAACUGUUGCUGACAGAUUUGAUAACGCUAAAUAA